CCGACGUUAAUUGUUGACAGUGUCAAAUUGGCAACGUCAUACGCCAUGGUAGUAGGACCAAGUGGCGCGUUAUUCUCCAUCCCUGAUGUCAUGGCCAGCAUCGGUCAAUUCCAGGACGGACGCACGUUUGAGGCGUUGGCAUUUCGCAAGCUGGGCCGACCUUACAUCCACCACAAGCUCUGUACGUUUCCCCACUUGACGCUGCGUCGAAACAGCGACGUCCUCCAGGCGUACCUCGUUCAACACUCGUACAAGGAGCGUGUCCAUCGCUGGGUAUCCUACCACCCCCAUACACGAGACAUCCUCGCGCUCCAUGCGGCCUACGUUGGGGACCUACACCUUCUCGAGUGCUUGCACCAAAGUGAAUACCUGUCCCCGACGUUGCUGUUGUGGGACGUUGCCGCCUCCACCAACCAACUGCCUGUGCUUGGGUUCUUGGUCCAAAUCAACCACACGGGCUGCUCUUCACGAUCCAUCGGAUGGGCUGCGUCACAAGGAAGUCUCGACGCCAUUUGGUUCAUCCACAACCAUCUCACCGAUCGCAAAUUCGACGCGGACGCGUGGGAGUUUGGAGUCCAGCGGGGCGACAUCGCGACGGCGGAAUGUUUAAUCGCGAUUGGGGCCUUCCAUCCAAAUCGAAUCCACCUCGCAGCGCAAUACAACCACCUGGAGCUGCUGGUUUGGCUCAUCGACCGCCAAUUGGAAGCCUUCAACAACCCCGUCUUGAUCGACACUGCUGCCGCCUAUGGCCAUUUGGAAAUUGUGAAAUAUCUCGUCCACCGUGGAUUCCCCAGAACUGUCCGCGCCAUGGACCAGGCCAUGGCGAACAACCACAUGCAUGUCGUCGAGUUCCUUCGUUAGUUGAACUGGCCGUAAUGUAAGAUCGCACCCCUGAACACAGCAGUAGACUGCACCGAACGUGUUAGAACUGUCGAUGCUAUGAUAUUCUUGUGUUUAUUCUAAACUGGAGCGAUAUGGAGAAUGAA